ACAUUCAGUCUUAAACGAAAGCUUACGCGUUGUAGUGCGUUUUUUGCAAAGCACGCUAAAUAAAAAAUAAUAAAAAUUAUAAACAAUUUGUAAAGGACUUUUCCCGAAGGAUACGCCAUAUAAACUUUAAUAAAUUGAAAAUUAGUGAAAAUGUUUAAGAUUUUACUAAGUGCAACACUGUGUGUGGCCAUGUUUGGCUCUUUCGCUCACGCUCAAUGUCAACAACCUAAUGGCACACAAGCCAUCUCAGGCUCAUGUGACGCCUACAUCGAAUGCAAGAAUGGUAUAGCCGAAGAGAAGCUCUGCCCCGACGGUCUGUUGUACAAUGAAAAAUCUUCCGGCUAUCCCUGCGGCUACCCCAUCGAUGUAGAAUGCUCACAAGGCCAAGCACGUACACAGCCCGCACAGCCAACAGACGACUGCCCACAUCAAUUCGGUUACUAUGCCAUGGGUGAUGCACGUAACUGUGGCAAAUUCAAGAAUUGCGCUUCCGGUCGUGGUUUCGUUUUCGACUGUCCCGACGGUUUGGCUUGGAACAAGGAAACCUACAAAUGUGAUUGGCCCGAUCAAGUGCCCGACUGUGAUGCCGAAGCUUUCUUGGGCUUCAAGUGCCCACCACCAAAACCAUCGCCCAGAGGUCAAUUUAUCGGCGAACCCGAACAAGAAUAUGAAUUCUAUCCAUCAAGUGAGAAUUGUCAAGUGUAUUUCAUCUGUAUCGAAGGUCGUCCACGUCGUAUUGCUUGCGAUGAAGCGAGCGCUUUCAAUCCCGAAACACAAACUUGUGACGACAUCGACAAUGUGCCGACUUGCAGCGCAGAUGUCAAGCAGCGCGGUCAGGAGAUUAAGAAUGCGCGUCUCUCAGCUCAGUCGGCGGCAUUAGCGAAGAGAAGAUACUCAUACGCCGACCGUUCAUGCCCCGAACCGAAUGGUCGCUUCGCCGAUGACGCGCAAUGCGACGCCUAUCUGGAAUGCAAAGACGGUGUUGGCGAGGAGAAACUCUGCCCCGAUGGUUUGCUCUUCAAUCAACGCGGCAAAACAACUGGCGACUGCACCUACUUACCAUUUACCACAUGCAAAGAUCGUUUACGCCUGCAGCCAGCAAACGGUACCGCUGAAUGUCCACGCCAGUUCGGUUUCUAUUCAUCCGGUGAUCCAAAGAAUUGUGGUGUCUACAAGAAUUGCGCACAUGGCGAGGCAACAUUGACAAAAUGCCCGGAAGGUUUGGCAUUCAAUGUGGAGUCCUAUCAGUGUGAUUGGCCCGAUCUAGUUGCCGAAUGUAAUGCAGAGGCUUUCCUCGACUUCACAUGCCCACCACCGGAGAUAGUCGAUGGUGUGGAGAAGGAAGUCGACACCAGUCCCGAGGGUGAGCUACGCUAUUUCCGCCAUCCCAAGACAUGCAAAAAAUAUUUCGUCUGUGUCAAUGGCCAUCCACGUCUAUACAAUUGUGGCAAAUAUUUGGCCUUCAAUGUGGAGACGAAAUUGUGCGACUUCUACACUCAUGUGCCGGAGUGCUAUGCGCUUUUGAAGGAGAAAAAAUUGGCUGCAGCCGCCAAGCAGGCUUAAUGCGUGGCAAUUAUACCAUUGCCUUGGUUGUAUGAAAGCACCAAUUCUGCCAUUUUUAUUUUACUUAAACUUCAAUGAGCUUUAAAGUUUACUUACAACAUGUAUUUUUUAUAUAACAAAUGUUAAAAUAAAUAU